AUGUUAACUACUUUUGAUGAAUGUGAUUACCCUGAAGUUUGUAAUAUCGUAACCUUGUGGAAUCUAAAUAAAAAAAUUCAAAUUAUUGGUAAUUCUGGAAAAAAGAAAAAGUUUAACGCGGACAUAUAUAAAUCAGGAAAGAAUAGACUAUUGGUUUUCGGAUCUGGUAAAGUGAUUGCCACUGGUUUUAAAACGGAACAAGAUACUCGUGAGUUUAUCACAAAGACUUUCAAAGAAGUUCAAUUUCUGAAAAUCGUCAAUAUUACUGCAAGUAAAAAACUAAAAACAGUAAUUAGUGCUAAAAGUAUUUUCGAAAGUGAUUUGAAUGUUAUUUAUGAACCAGAACUAUUUCCCGCAUUGAAUUGGAAAGACGAAGGGGUUUCAUUUAUUUACUAUCCAAAAGGUUCACUCAUCCUGACAGGAAUAAAAUCAUUGGAUCAAUUAAAGAAAGCGUAUCGUUCAUUCGAAAAUCGAUUUUGUCUAAAGAAUUAA